AUGACCCUGCUGCUCUUCCAUGGCACCUGCAGUGAAAACGUCCGAGCCUGGAUCUCUAUUGUCACAGACCAACUGCACGCCAUGCACAUGCCCCAUGCUGACUGGGCUGUCUCCCUCAGUAGGCUCUUUUGGAACGAAGUACUUUCUUGGUAUCUUACCCAGAAGCUGAGCAAUGGUGAUCAACCACUGACAUGUUUCUACUUCCUGCAUGCGCUGCCACAACCUCUAGCCUUCCACAUCUUAACCAGGAACCCUACAACUAUGGCCAAAGUGUAUGAUGUGGCUCGCAAGUGGGAUUGUCAUCAACAUGCUGGUCGUUUGUCAGUAUCUAAUGGAAACCAGCAGUCGGAAAGCUCACGCUCUGCUCCACACACUAGUUGUGCAUUGUAA